CGGAGGUGUAUUCAUUACGGAAACCGUUUAUUGUUUAAGAACCAAAAACGGAAGCAAACAUAACAAAACGAGAGCUUCUAUUGAACAAAUUCAGCUAGGUCCCGCCCCGUUUGUUCCGUUUGCUUCCGUUUAAGAAACGUUUUGCAACCGAUUCUGCGUAAUGAACACGCUCCAGCGUGAUCAAUGGAAGAUGGCGACGCGAGUCCUUCAGAGAUUUGGCAAUGGCCUGAAUCAGGCAAAAAACACGGCCCAGUCAACAGGACAGACCGUCGUUUUAUCCAGGGGGUUGUCAGCGUCAAACCAUAGGAAUCGUGAAGACAGCUGGUUCAAGUCGCUAUUUGUGCGUAAAGUUGAUCCCAGAAAGGAUGCCCACUCCCACUUGCUUACCAAGAAUGAGGAAAGCAACCUCUACAAAAUCCAGUUCCAUAACGUGAAACCAGAGUGCCUGGAUGCCUACAACCAGCUUUGUGAGGAGACCCUGCCAUCUAUCCAUAAUGAUAAGUACUAUCCCUGUGAGCUGGUGGGUACCUGGAACACCUGGUAUGGAGAGCAAGACCAGGCCGUCCAUAUGUGGCGGUAUAGAGGAGGAUACCCAGCUCUGACUGAGGUCAUGAGCAAACUUAGGCAGAACAAGGAGUUCAUGAAGUACCGGGAGGAGAGAGGGAAGAUGCUGUUGUCUCGUAGGAACCAACUGCUCCUGGAGUUCAGCUUCUGGAAUGAGCCCAUCCCCAGGAAGGGACCCAACAUCUACGAGCUCAGGUCCUACCAGCUCAGACCUGGCACCAUGAUUGAGUGGGGUAAUUACUGGGCCAGAGCUAUUGGCUACCGCCAGCACAAUAGUGAGGCUGUCGGAGGGUUCUUCUCCCAGAUCGGAAACCUCUACAUGGUGCACCACCUCUGGGCUUACAAAGACCUUGAGGCCAGAGAAGCCACAAGGAAUGCAGCUUGGCAACAUGAGGGUUGGGAUGAGGUUGUGUAUUAUACAGUUCCUCUCAUUCAGCACAUGGACUCCAGAAUCAUGAUCCCAAUGAAGGCUUCCCCGCUGCAGUAACCUGAGAGAACACAGAAGGCCGAACGCCAAACCUCACCUGUUUUAAAUGUAACAAAAAGUAAAAAAAUCUCACUGC